GGCAGUCGGCGGGAGGAGCGGCGGCAGUGCGGGGCCACGGGCACAGCUCCGGCUCAGUGCGUGCGGGGAGCGGCGGGGGGGCGAGGGGAGGGAAGGAAAAUAGGAGGAGGAAAAAAAGAAGACAACGCGGGAAGCGACUUCUCUCUCCACCUGCGGCUCCGGCGGAGGUUUGCAGCCUCAGCUCUGGUCGGGGAAGGAGCGGAGGGGGCCGGCAUGGGCGGAGGGGCUGAGAGGGGCGGCUGCGCCCCGCGCCUGGAGCUGCUGCUGUUCCUGGGGCUGUGCGGCCGCGCGGCAGCGCUGAGAGGAAAUGAUAACAGCGAAGCCCUUCCAGAGUCCAUCCCAUCUGCUCCUGGAACACUGCCUCACUUCAUGGAGGAACCAGAUGAUGCCUACAUUAUCAAAAGCAACCCCAUUGUCUUACGGUGCAAAGCCAUGCCAGCCAUGCAGAUUUUCUUCAAGUGCAAUGGUGAAUGGGUGCACCAAAACGAGCACGUGUCAGAGGAAAGCAUGGAUGAAGCUACAGGCCUGAAGGUCCGGGAGGUGUUCAUUAAUGUGACGAGGCAGCAGGUGGAGGACUUCCAUGGGCCAGAAGAUUACUGGUGUCAGUGCGUGGCAUGGAGCCAUCUGGGGACCUCGAAGAGCAGGAAGGCAUCCGUCCGCAUCGCUUAUUUGAGGAAAAACUUUGAGCAAGACCCCCAGGGGAAGGAGGUUCCUAUUGAAGGGAUGAUCGUUCUGCACUGCCGGCCCCCCGAGGGCGUCCCUGCAGCUGAGGUGGAAUGGCUGAAGAAUGAGGAGCCCAUAGAUUCCAACCUGGAUGAGAACAUUGACACCAGGGCAGACCACAACCUGAUCAUCCGGCAGGCGCGUCUGUCCGACUCAGGGAACUACACCUGUAUGGCUGCCAAUAUUGUUGCCAAGAGGAGGAGCAUGUCUGCAACUGUCGUGGUUUAUGUGAAUGGAGGUUGGUCGUCAUGGACUGAGUGGUCCAACUGCAACGCGCGCUGCGGUCGGGGCUGGCAGAAGCGAUCGCGGACCUGCACCAACCCUGCCCCGCUCAACGGAGGGGCGUUCUGCGAGGGGAUGUCCGUGCAGAAGAUCACCUGCACUUCUCUUUGCCCUGUGGAUGGAAACUGGGAGGUGUGGAGUGAAUGGUCUGUGUGCAGCCCGGAGUGCGAGCAUUUGAGGGUUCGGGAAUGUAUUGCACCAGCGCCACGAAACGGAGGGAAGUACUGCGAGGGCCUGAGCCAGGAGUCAGAGAACUGCACUGAGGGGCUUUGCAUUCAAGAUAAAAAACCUCUUCAUGAAAUAAAAUCCCAAAAUAUAGAGACAGCCAGUGACAUUGCCCUGUACUCCGGCCUGGGAGCAGCAGUCAUUGCUGUAGCUGUGCUGGUGGUUGGUGUUACCCUUUACAGACGGAGUCAGAGUGAGUACGGCGUGGAUGUGAUUGAUUCAUCUGCACUGACAGGAGGCUUCCAGACAUUUAAUUUUAAAACAGUCAGACAAGGUAACUCCCUGCUUUUGAAUUCAUCCAUGCAGCCUGACUUGACAGUGAGCAGAACGUACAGUGGACCAAUCUGCCUGCAGGAUCCAAUGGACAAGGAGCUAAUGACAGAGUCUUCGCUGUUCAACCCGCUGUCAGACAUCAAAGUCAAAGUUCAGAGUUCGUUCAUGGUUUCUCUGGGGGUGACAGAGAGGGCUGAAUAUCACGGAAAGGCACAUUCUGGAACUUUUCCUCAUGGGAAUGCUAGAGGUUUUGGAACAAUACAGGCUAGAAACAAGGCUGCAUACAUUCAGAACCUGUCUUCUAUUUCAACAAGAAAUGAACUGAAGACAACUGCCAUCUUUGGGCACCUGGGUGGUCGUUUAGUGGUUCCAAAUACAGGAGUCAGUCUGUUGGUGCCACAUGGAGCAAUUCCUGAAGAGAGUUCAUGGGAAAUCUAUCUUGCCAUCAACCCAAGAGAGUCCAGCCUGCAACCAGAAGGCCCAGAUGUCCUCCUAGGACCAGAAGUGACGUGUGGCCCUUCGGAUGUCUCUGUCAGCUCUCCAUUUGCCUUGACUAUACCACACUGUGCAGAAGUAAAUUCAGAGCACUGGAAUAUCCACUUGAAGAAAAGGACACAGCAAGGGAAAUGGGAGGAAGUGAUGUCUGUGGAAGAGGAAACUACUUCCUGCUACUGCCUGCUGGAUCCUUAUGCCUGUCACAUUCUCUUAAACAGCUUUGGAACUUAUGCACUUAUUGGAGAACCCAUCUCUGAGUGUGCCGUCCGACAGCUGAAAGUAGCGGUUUUUGGCUGCCUAUCUUGCAAUUCUCUGGAUUACAAUCUGAGAGUGUAUUGCAUGGAUAACACACCUUGUGCAUUUCAGGAAGUGGUUUUGGAUGAAAGGCUCCAAGGAGGACAAUUACUGGAUGAACCGAAACUUCUGCAUUUCAAAGGGAACACCUUCAGUCUCCAGAUAUCUGUCCUCGAUAUCCCUCCUUUCCUUUGGAGAAUCAAACCAUUCACUGCCUGUCAGGAGGUCCCAUUCUCCCGUGUGUGGUGCAGUAACCAGAAGCCGCUGCACUGUGCCUUCUCCCUGGAGCGUUACACCCCUGCAACCACACAGCUGUCCUGCAAGAUCUGCGUCCGGCAAGUCAAGGGGCACGAGCAGAUCCUACAGAUCCAGACAUCCAUCCUCGAGAAUGAAAGAGAAACCAUUGCUUUCUUUGCACACGAUGACAGCAACUUCCCUGCACAGAUGGGUGCAAAAGCAUUCAAAAUCCCAUAUUCCAUCAGACAAAGAAUCUGCGCGACGUUCGACACACCCAAUGCCAAAGGCAAAGACUGGCAGAUGCUAGCACAGAAAAACAGCAUCAGCAGGAAUCUCUCCUAUUUUGCCACACAAAGCAGUCCAUCUGCUGUCAUUCUGGACCUCUGGGAAGCCCGACACCAACACGAUGGAGACCUCGACUCCCUCGCCUGUGCCCUGGAGGAGAUAGGAAGGACACACUCUAAAAUCUCAGACAUAACAGAGACUGAGAUCGAGGAGCCUGACUUCAACUACAGCAGACAAAAUGGACUUUAGUCCUUCAUUUCCAUCGAAGAACCGACGGCCAGCUGACUUUCACACCUGAAAAUCUCUUUGGCAGGGAGGAAAUAAGGGUUUCUGCACACUGCCCAAGGAAGCAGCCGUGUCUCCACAAUGCCAUUUUCAGUUGGAGGAGCAGAAGAGGCCCUAAUAAAAAUCAUCUCUGAAAUAAGGAAAACAAGCUGUCCCUGUGCUGCAGUCCUCUUUCAUUUAAAAUUCAUGUUUCAGAUUCAAAAACAAGACUGCACAUCAAUCAUUCCCAGGGGCAAGAAGGAGCGAGGUACGGAGCUGUGCAAGGUAAAUAUUAUGACAUCCUGCAUUUAGGAAACAGUGAUGCUAAAGAAGAAUACAAUGCCUACUAAAAUGCAAUGCCUAGUGCUAAGCAAUGGAUAUUUAGAGCCACUAGAGGUUAAUCUCAGUGUAAGGGUUUGUGUUUCUUGGGGCCCUGAGUCCCCUUUGUGCUGUGUUUCCAACUUAACACACCUGAGAAGUGGAUGUAAAUGCCAUUUGCUUGCAUCAUGUUGACUCUGUGUAUUUGCUGUAAUUUAGCUAAAGGACAGCUGCAAAUCUAACUUUCUCCUGUUCAGAGAUUUGAGGAAUUAAUAGAUCGUGUAACUAUUUAAUAGAUGUCAUCCAGACAAUUCCUAUUACAAGCUCAGUCACUCAAUGAAUGUAGCCUGGCUGCAGAUUCUCCUGCCUGUUCUGAUAGCAAAAGCAGAACAAAGCCCUUCUGUGCAAUCAGUGUUUAUGAGCACAUGUGAUCAAUGCCCUGAAAGUUGUCCACCUCACUGGUGGAAAAAUUGUUUCUUUGAGGUUGGAUUUAAACAACCAAUGAGAAUGCACGAGAUUGCCAGCCCUGCUUUAGCAGGUUUACACUGAACUGAAAGCUGGAGGUGAAUUCAAUCAGCGCAGCUUAACUUUGGUUUAGGUUCAGACCAACAGAAUAACCCCCACCUAUCACUGCCAGAAAUGGGCCUGAUUUACUGUACAGCUUGCCUGUUGGGCAGGAGAUAGAGCUGGCUGCAUUACCUCUGGUCUAUUUACCACCACAUCCAGAACAGAGCGAGUGAAUCCUCAUCACUUUUUACCCAUCUCAUGCAAAUAUCAUUUAUUACUUCAACUGAACCAAAAAAAAAAAAAGCUGUCACUGUGAGUCAGCAUACUACAGAACUGGUACCAAACCACAUGCAGCCAGUUUGCACUCGUGUGGUCUUUGAGAAUUACCCCUGGUACAUGUAUUGGGCUGAGAGCAGCACAGCAGGGCAGGUACUUAUAGUGAGGAAAUCCACAACCACCCAAAACCAUUUCUUAAUCGGGGAUCCCAGAUCUGAACAGUACCAUCAGUAGCUCUCGCUGGGACUUUGCUUGUUCUUGUUGAUCUCAGAUGGCCAAUUUCAUGGCUUUCCCAGCUCAGCAGGCUGAGCAGUCAGACUGACAAACACGUUGGACUUCCCCAACCAUUGUUUAAUGUGAGUAUUUCACGCAGUCUGACAUCAGCACUCCUGUUUGCAAUGGGAACCCAUAACUGCUGCAAGCAUACUUAAGACAGAUAGCUGGCAGCAAGCUGUCACUCCUCUCAGCAGCACACAGUUCUGUCUUUGAAUUACAUUUGUAGUGAGUUCCAUUCCUCCUCCCCAGAACCUUCUUUUUCAUUGGACAAAACAUCAGGAAUAAAAAAAAAAAAGAGAAUGGCAUCCAUAGGAAAGCAAGGGGAUUUUAGUGAGCUGCGGUUGUCUGGGAAACCCACUACAGUCUCUCUCCAGCAGUUAAUUUGUUCUCAGCUUCUCCUCAGAUGCAGUUUUAAUUUGGUCACUGCUUUUCCAAUCUAGCUCCUGUUUGCUACCCCAGCAAAGACCCAAUGCAUCUCCUGGCAGUGCCACAGCAUGCCAUGGUGUUCUGCAGAGCUCUGUGUGGCUCCUGCUCUUGUUGUCCCAAUCUGCUGAGCCACACAUGGGGGUCAAAGCUCUGCAGAGCUCAGCCCUUACAGCCUUACUGAGGAAGCAUGCAAUGUUUACAUCCUGGAUUGGGGUAGAUGUGAGCAACCGCCCAGCUCUGCCUGCCCAGUGCUUAUGCAGCAGAGAGAAGCCAGACCUGUCCAGCCUCAUUUCCUCCAUGUGCACCAAACCUGCAGAUGGAAGGGAUCAGGGUCAUAUGCCAAAAUCCACAUCCAACCCCAACUCCCAUGAAAUCUGCCCUCUGAGUUACAUACUGAAAGGAAUAAAUGUCACUUCCUUACAAUGCUGGAGCAGAAGCUGUUCAGUUUUGGGCCUGAGGUAAGAUUUCCAUUCUGCUUUGCUCAAUAGAGAAUUGUUGUUCUGUUUCCUGGUUUUUGUUUAGUUAUGCCAAAGCAGCCUCUUUGCUGCUGACCUUCCUUUUGUAGAUCUACACUGAGAACUGACUUCUAACCCAGUAUUGUUUUCCUGACCUUUAGUUGUUUAAAUGGACUAGAAAUGCUAGAAUAACAUUUAUCUCAUUGGAAAAGAAUUUGAACAUGAGCUGGACUUCUAGCCUACACUUUUAACUUGUAUUGAUCUGGCUGUGUUUCUGUGUUGUAUAGGAUCUGCCAUACUAUGUCAUACACAACAUCCAUUUAGCCUUACGGUAUCUCUAGUUGUGACCAGGACUGAAAGUUUAGGGAAGUGGACUAAGAAAUGAGCUCAGUAUUAAAGGGCUUCUUCAGUCAGCCCACUGCUGCCAUCUGCUAGGAGAGCAGCCUCAAACCCUCCAUUUCUCACCCUUCAACCCCUCAGUAUCAAUCACAGAGGAUGAGAGAGCAGCACUCCUGGGAUGCAGUAACUGACUUUGCUGUGCAAAUUAUUCCAGCUAAUACAUCAGAGAGGAUGCAAUUGCCUGAACAUCCAGAAAAUAAAAUGGUGAGGAAAAAAAACCAUGUAGCUUAAAGCUAAGCAUGAGAGGUGGCAAAAAGUGUGUCAUACCACAAACGUUUUCCAUACAGAGGAAAUCGUUCUCCCCAAUGAUGCUGGUCAUGGUGGGCAGCAAUCAGACAACAAGUAUUUAAAUCGACUUCUGAGAUGUCUGUUCCCUUUUCUCCCACUCCUGGGAACUGUGCAUUUCUUGCAUCUCAGACAUCUGCUGCAGAUAUGGCUGUUUUCAGACGCUCCCUUUCUGUUGUUUUAUGUUAGCAUCAUGGGAUGAUAUUAAUAAAACUUAGCACUUUUAAUUAUAGAGGAUUGCACCAGUUCUCCUCCCUUCUUCCUGUGCUGUCCCACUUUUAGAGAGAGAAAAAUGUUAACAUUUGGGGGGAAACUGUCUCUGCUACCAUCUAAACAAGGCAGCCACAAAAGGGUUCUGUUACCAUUAACAGACAGCAAGGAAGUACAACAGGAGAUGUUAAAUGGUGCUUUGCUUUCCCUAUCUCACAGCAAAGCACAGCUUUCCUCCCCACCAAAGGCUGCUGCAAGGAUGCUCUGCAAUACAGGAUUCCCUCAGCAUAAAUUAGAAUUAGCAUGUAGAUGUUAUAGAAAUCUGUUGACAAGGAUUUGCAAUCUUAACAUUCCAGGAACGUAUUUUUUAACAUCCGUGUUACAAAGAUAUUUUUGGGACAGGAUUUCAGUGAUUUGACCCCAAACCCAGCUGUGCAAAGGAGCUCUUGAUGCAGCAUUAGGGGCCAGAAAUCCAAAUCUGGUUCUUUUCCUCUAUUUUGUAAAUUAUGACUUGUGAAAAAUAACAGAAAAGAAGUCUCCUUGCAAACCAAAAGGCAGCAGAGAGAACUGCAGUGCUGCACGCUGGAGGUCCCAUUGAGCUGCCAUGGUGACACAGCCCUGCUGGCUUCACAGCACCACUCUGCUCUAUUUCCCAUCUUCCCAAACACUCCCAAGUGUUCUGUGCUGUGACCCCAUUACAACUAAUAGUUAUAUUUUUUUAAAUGACUUUAAACAAUUGGUUCACCAAAGUGGUACACUGCACAGCUUUGCCAGGCUGCAGCAUCACAAGGCUGAUUGCCAGCUUUGCAGCACUGCUUUUGCAGCCCUGUAGUUUACAUUAAAGUACAUUAAACCACAAAGGAAAGAGCCUUAUUCUGUGGGUUUGCAUCCUAACUUCAUUCACUAGAGCAAGUGCCAUAAAACCACCAGGGACUCCUACAAAAAUGUUAUUGGGUGUUUUGUAACAGAUGGAAAGAUAUCAAUGCUAUUCUCUUACAGUACAGGGAAGAAUUGCUGCUGUUAUUUUUAUCCCUGGCAGCAGCUGCUCCCCCCCAGGCCUUGCAGGCAGUGAACACGAGGAGGGGCUCCUGGCCAGGCCAGCCCACCCCUUAGCACUGCCCUGCAGUCCAUUCCUUUCAUGCCACUUGGAAGACAUUUCUACGAGCCAGUUUUAAAACACUCAGUAACAUUCCAGCUAUUAUUUCCCACUGGAGAAGACAUUGUGCAUGGAUACAGUGAAGUGCAAACGAGCAACAAACUUGGGGCAGUUCUCAUCAUCCUCUGGGUCUGAGUCUGUCUCAGCCUGUGAAACACAGACCUGAAGCAAAGGACUGCAUUCCAUCUCAGAUGGUAAUUAACUGAAUGAAAACAGAACCAUAUCCAAGUUCUUAACAACUGUGAAUGAGCUGCAGGUUUGUCCUUCCAGCCUUUAGUAUGCUGAGCUCUAGUAAGGAAACCCUCCCAUCUUACACAGCAGUAGAGGCAGGUGAUGCUAUUGGCCAAGAACUUUUCAUGGUAAACCUGCUGAAAAAGUGUUUUCUGUGGGUUGUUCAUCUGUGAUGUGUGCUGGGGAAAUUAUUCCCUUGGCACUGCUCCUGGCUGGGGAGGCUGGCAGCUGUUCCACAGCAGUGUGUAAAAUGCACAGAUAUCCUCUCCUGCAUAGAUAAUCAUUGUGUAGCUAAAACUGCCAGGAACCUACGGGGCUCCUGGAUGAACACAGCACCGUAAGCAGUGGGGGAGGGGAGCACAGGUAUGUAAGAACUGCAGCAGCAGCAACAAAAACCCUCAAUCCACUGACAAAGGCCACAAAUCAUUUUCUAAUAUAACACAGCUUCACCCUUCUCUCUCAUUACCAAUACUAACACAUACAGCACCAAAAAUCUCUUUUCCACCAUGGACAAAUAGAACAACCUCUGUCAGACUAAAGGAUCACUCACAGAACCAUUGGAUAAUAACAGUGCCCACAAUGCAGACAACAGAACCAAUGUUUCACUCAUUGCUGCAGCAGAAAACCCUGUUGGGGUCCACCUUCACUGCUCUGUCCUGAAGUAAAACAAGUGUUUAGGAAUCUGACACUAUUUUUUGUAUUAGAGGUGAAUAGUACAAACUUUACUAGUGCUUCUUGUCUGGGGCUCGGGUGGGUAGGGGUGUAUUGUAAUUUUCAAGCUACUGCAAAGCUGCUUUUAAAUAAGCUGUUGUGUUGACUGACUGGUUUGUGCUUUACAGGGGAAUCCAGGUGAGCCGGGGUUCAAUGGGCAGCCUCCCUGCCUUACAGGGUAACUAGAGCUGAAGUCACUUGUGAAAAUGUAGCUAAGGGAUGGGGAGGUUAGAUGGCCCAUCCCUGAUCUGUAAUGUAGUGUCCUGUAAUUAAUGAGAUUAGCCACUCACCUACUGUAGAACCGUGGUUUCGUCAGCAGCUGCUUAGUUUGUCUGCCCCGGUGUGAUAACCUUGGUUGAGAAUGUACUUCUGCAGAUUUCAGGUGUCAACCCCCCCCGUGUUAUCUGGUCUCUGUAUAUAAAUCUUAUUGUCUAAUCCCAAAAGGAAACGUGUAGCACAAUAGGAAGUGAAGGGUGCUGUGCACCAAGCCUGGUCUGAGCCAGCAGGAGGGGGACAACAUGGAUCUAACAGCAGCUAUGCCUGAUACAGAGAACAGGAGGGACUCCAAACAAAUCCUCACUUAGAACUGCCUGAAGCUUUGUUUUUGCAGUUUAAAAAUCACAAGACCUGGAAAUUCCCCCGCUGAAAUUUGGAGUGUUACCAUAAUGGCAACGAUUACAUUUGCAAACAGUUCUUUCAGUUUCCCCCAUUCACACACACUGAAGUUAUGGGGGGGGAGGGAGGAAUAUUUCCACAUACAUUCUUUCCCCUUUCAUCUAAAAAGCAGAUGCCAUUACUGACCCUCAGACAUCUCCCUACACAUCAGCAAGCAGAACAUGGAGCUCGCUGGGCACACAGCAUCCAUCUACUGGUGUAUAUUUGGGAACUACCGACCUCCAUCACACAACUCAUGGCUGUGGGAAUGCAGCUGCCUCCUCCCACCUCCUGCUCAAAUCCAUCCCCGCUGCAAUGCUGAGCUCAGUUUAUAAAUGGGUACGAGAACUUCAAAAGCACACGGUUUGUUCAGCCGGAGGAGGCAAAGCAGAAUGCUGGUCAGUCUGUGGAGGCUGAUACACAACCAGAGCUAAGCCAACAUUUUCCAUUGCAUUUCCAACUACCAGAAUUAUUGAGCAGCCUAUUGGCAAAAGGAGGGGCAGGUGCUUUAACCCAAACACACACUGCAUAAAUACAUACAUAACCAUUACUCAUACUCCUCUAUAACGAGACCCCUUUUCUCUUCUGCUCCCCUAUUUUUGCAACAAACAGGUUCUGAAGCGUUGGCUUUGGCUCAGUCUGCUGAGCAUUCUUCCCUCCCCCACUUCUCCCCAUGGUUUAAGUGUGUUUAGAACUGAAAAAGGAGCAGAGGUUUGAAUGCUUUCUUUAGUAUGAAGCCAAAGGAGUAGGAAAGAGACAGAAAACAUGAAAUAAAAAGCAUGGCCUUGGCUUCAUACCACACUUUCUGUGCCUUGUUCUAUCGAUGUAAAUUCUGAAUGUUGUACAGUAAAAUACUUGGGAAAGACUCCUAGGAAAAGGCUGCACUGGCUUCUUUUUUCAGCACAUGUACAUAUAUAAAUAUAUAUACAUAUAUAUAUUUGGUAAUGCCAAACAGCUGUGUUAUAUUGUACUGAAAGUAAUAAUGGACAGUUUGGAUGUUUUAUGUAGAGUUUGCAAAAACUGUAUGGCUAUGGCCUUUUGGAAAUAAAUGUACAGACAUGAAUUACUGCAUAUCAGUUAUUUAUGAAUAAAGAGUCUUUUACUGAUAUCUCA